AUGAAUUACAGAAUAUAUACAACAAUUCAUCCUAGUAGUAGAGCUUGGAGUGGUACUGCUGUAAUAAUAAAAGAGUUCAUAAAGCACUAUGAACUCGAAAAAUACUCACUAAAUCAUAUACAAGCGACAAGCGUCAGCGUUAAUGACGGGAAUAACGAUCUCACCGUUGCUGAAAUUUAUUAUCUACCGCAAGGAGGUGCAGAUGAAAUUAAGUUCGCUGAUUUUUUCCAUAUGUUGGGUUCUAGAUUCAUUGUUGGAGGUGAUUAUAAUGCCAAGCAUAUUCACUGGGGUUCGAGACUGAUCACCCCAAAAGGACGAGCCUUGUUAAAAGUUGCAAACAACAUCAAUGCUGAAAUCAUCACUACAAGUAAGCCAACGUGUUGGCUCACUCAUCCGAACAAGAUUCCCGACCUGCUUGACUUCUUUAUUAUGAAAGGUAUAUCUUCUAAUUAUAUUGAAGUAUUAGAACUUACAGAAUUAACGUCAGAUCACAUACCAGUGCUUCUCAUAUUAAGUUCUAAUGUUAUACAUAAACAACGAAAGAUGUUGCUAAUCAACAAGAAAACAGAUUGGGACCUCUUUAGAAUGAAUCUAGACGAGACCUUAACCCUCACAGUGACUAAGAACACCUAUUUAAAUUGA